CGGCUCGGCGGAACGCGCGUGCGGUCGCUGCUAGUGCUCAGUGGUACGGUGCACCGGGGUGGCCGGGCGAGACGGGCGGCAUGGGGCGGCGGUAGCGGCGCGGAUGUGCGCGCGCUCGGAGGCGGUAGAGCUGGAGGUGCUGGGCGCGGAGGGCGAGCCGCGCCCGCCGCGCCCGCUGCGCCUCUCCCUGCUCGAGCUGCUGGGCAAGCUGGUGCGACGCGAGCCCGCGCCGCCGCACCGCCGCAACCGGCACAACCAUCGCUUCCGCACCUUCGUCUCCUGCGAGAAUGAACGGAGAAUCAAAGCUAACAAUAGGGAAUACAAUGCCCAGUUCCGUUACGCUAACAACUACAUCAAAACAUCGAAGUAUUCGAUCAUAACGUUCCUGCCGCUGAAUUUGCUGGAGCAGUUUCAGCGGCUAGCCAACUUCUACUUCCUGUGCCUGCUGGUGCUGCAGCUGAUCCCCGCGAUCUCGUCGCUCACGCCCAUCACCACUGCCAUCCCGCUCAUCGGCGUACUCGCACUCACUGCCGUCAAGGACGCCUACGACGACUUCCAACGUCACCAAAACGAUUCCCAAGUGAAUCACCGGCGCGCGAAGACGCUGCGCAAUGGCAAGCUGGUGGAAGAGAAGUGGGCGUCUGUUCAGGUGGGAGACGUCAUCCGGCUGGAGAACGACCAGUUCGUGGCCGCCGACAUCCUGCUGCUCAGCAGCUCGGAGCCCAAUGGGCUCUGCUACAUUGAGACUGCUGAGUUGGAUGGGGAGACAAAUUUAAAAUGUCGUCAGUGCCUUUUGGAGACGGCCGCGAUGAGCCAGGACGACGCACAACUGGGCGCCUUCGACGGCGAGAUCGUCUGCGAGACACCCAACAAUCUACUUAAUAAGUUUGAUGGCACGCUGACUUGGCGCGAGCGAGUGUUCUCUCUGGACAACGACAAGAUCCUCCUGCGGGGCUGCGUGCUGCGCAACACCUCGUGGUGCUACGGCGUGGUCGUGUUUGCCGGCAAGGACACCAAGCUCAUGCAGAACUCCGGCAAGACCAAGUUCAAGCGCACCAGCAUAGAUAGGCUACUUAAUUUUCUUAUUAUAGGGAUAGUGUUCUUCCUGCUGUCAAUGUGCGUGUUCUGCACGGUGGCGUGCGGCGUGUGGGAGUGGCUGGUGGGGCGCCAUUUCCAAGCGUAUCUGCCGUGGGACUCGCUGGUGCCCGUGGAGCCCGCCUCGGGCACCGUUGUCAUCGCGUUCCUCGUGUUCUUCUCUUAUGCCAUCGUGAUGAACACUGUUGUGCCUAUAUCGCUAUACGUUUCCGUCGAAGUAAUAAGAUUUGCGCAGAGUUUCCUUAUCAACUGGGACGAGAAGAUGUAUUACGAGAAGACCGGGACGGCCGCCAAGGCGCGGACGACCACGCUCAACGAGGAGCUCGGUCAAAUCCAAUACAUAUUCUCGGACAAAACGGGCACGUUAACACAGAACAUAAUGACGUUCAAUAAGUGCUCGAUCGCGGGCGUGUGCUACGGCGACGUGGUCGACGAGCACACGGGCGAGGCCAUCGAGCUUAACGAGCGCGGCGGGUCGCGGCCGGGGCCGGGCUCGGCGUCGCGCGCGCACCUGCUGGAGCAGGAGCACGAGCAGGGCCGCAGCACGCCCGGCGCGCGCCGCCCCAUGGACGCCCAAGCCCGUCCGCAUAGCACGCAGCCGCUGGACUUCUCGUUCAACCCCGAGCACGAGGCGGACUUCAAGUUCUUCGACGAGUCGCUGCUGCUGGCCGUGCAGCGCGGCGACCAGCACGUGCACGACUUCUUCCGGCUCCUUGCGCUGUGCCACACCGUCAUGCCGGACCAGAAGAACGGUCGGCUCGAGUAUCAGGCGCAAUCACCAGACGAGUCGGCGCUGGUGUCCGCCGCUAGGAAUUUCGGUUUCGUGUUUAGAGAACGCGCGCCUAAUAGUAUUACUAUAGAAGUUAUGGGUAAGACAGAGGUGUAUGAAUUGUUGUGUAUAUUAGAUUUUAAUAAUGUUAGGAAAAGAAUGUCCGUGAUAUUGAGGAAGGAUGGUGAAAUUAGGUUAUAUACAAAAGGUGCUGAUAACGUAAUAUAUGAAAGGUUAAAAGGAAACCAAGACGGAGUGAAGUCGAGAACGCAGGAGCAUUUAAAUAAAUUCGCGGGCGAGGGUCUACGCACGCUGGCGUUAGCGUGGCGGCCGCUAGACGAGCGCGGCUUCGCGGAGUGGAAGCGGCGGCACCACACGGCCGCGCUAGCCUUACACGACCGGGACGAGCAGCUCGACGCCAUCUACGAGGAGAUCGAGACCGACCUGCUGCUGCUGGGUGUUACAGCAAUUGAAGACAAAUUACAAGAUGGAGUACCUGAAACGAUAGCAAAUCUUAGCAUGGCGGGAAUCAAAAUAUGGGUGCUCACUGGAGACAAACAAGAGACGGCGAUAAACAUCGGCUACUCGUGCCAGCUCCUGACGGACGACAUGGCGGAGGUGUUCGUGAUCGACGGCGUCGCGCACGACGACGUGGAGCGGCAGCUCGCCAAGUGCCGCGACUCCAUCCGCGUCGUCAACACCUUCCUGCCGCCCGGCACAAGUGGUGGUACCCCGGGCGGGACGGCGGCGGGCGCGCUGAACGGGCUGGGCCGCGGUGGUGGGGGUGGGGGUGGGGGUGGGGGGGGCGCCUCGCCCGGGCGCGCCGCCGGCGUCAAGCUCAACGCGCCCGCCGUCUCCGUCGUCACAUUUAGAGCUUCAAACCCCGUGGCAGAAAACGUUUCGUUUGAGUUAGAGCGUUGGUCAAGCGGAGACACGGUCCAGUCUGUCCUAUUUGCCCCAUACUCCCACAACGAGUACGCGGCGGGCGGCGCGGGGGCGGGGCCGGGGGCGGGGGCGGGGGGGCCCGCGUCGGCCGACUCGCACGAGCACGGCAACGACGACACCAACGGCUUCGCCAUCGUCAUCAACGGACACUCUUUAGUUCACUGCCUUCACCCCAAGCUCGAGGAGAAGUUUCUAGAGGUGGUGCUGCACUGCCGCUCAGUGAUCUGCUGCCGCGUGACGCCGCUGCAGAAGGCCAUGGUGGUGGAGCUGAUCAAGAAGGCGCGCCGCGCCGUCACGCUCGCCAUCGGCGACGGCGCCAACGACGUGUCCAUGAUCAAAGCGGCGCACAUCGGCGUGGGCAUCUCCGGCCAGGAGGGCAUGCAGGCCGUGCUGGCGGCCGACUACUCCAUCGCACAGUUCCGCUUCUUACAGCGGCUGCUGCUAGUGCACGGCCGCUGGUCCUACUACCGCAUGUGCAAGUUCCUGCGCUACUUCUUCUACAAGAACUUCGCCUUCACCGUGUGCCACUUCUGGUUCGCGUUCUUCUGUGGGUUCAGCGCGCAGACGGUAUUCGACGAGAUGUUCAUCUCAGUGUACAACCUGUUCUACACGUCGCUGCCCGUGCUCGCGCUGGGCGUGUUCGAGCAGGACGUGUCGGACGCGACGUCGCUGCAGUUCCCCAAGCUGUACGUGCCCGGACACACCUCCCAGCUGUUCAACAAGACAGAGUUCAUCAAGUCCACGCUGCACGGCUGCUUCACCUCGCUCGUGCUGUUUCUCAUCCCCUAUGGUACUUACAAGGAUGGACUGGCGCCCGACGGCAAGAUCCUCUCCGACCACAUGCUGUUGGGAAGCGUCGUAGCGACGAUACUGAUCAUAGACAACACUACGCAGAUCGCCCUGGACACGACGUACUGGACGGUGUGCAACCACGUCACGAUCUGGGGCUCGCUGGUGUCGUACUUCGUGCUCGACUACUUCUACAACUACGCCAUCGGCGGGCCCUACGUCGGCUCGCUCACGGUCGCGCUCACGCAGGCCACCUUCUGGUUCACGGCUGUGCUUACUAUGAUAAUCCUGAUGGUGCCGGUGGUGUCGUGGCGGCUGGCUUGGGCGACGACGCGGCCCACGCUGGCGGAGCGGCUGCGCGCGCGGCAGCGCUGGCGGGAGGCCGCGCCCGCGCCGCGCACGCCGUCCGCGCGCCGCGUGCGCCGCUCCAUGCGCUCCGGGUACGCCUUCGCGCACCAGGAGGGCUUCGGGCGUCUCAUCACGUCAGGCAAGAUCAUGCGGCGCAUCCCGCACGCGGACGCGGCGCUGCACGCGCUGGCCGCGCUGCCCGGCAAGUUCAGCGCGCGGCCCGGCACGCCGCCCGCCUCCCCCGCCUCCCUCGCCUCCCCCGCCACGCCCUCCUCGCCCGCCUCCCCCGGCACACCCCCCAGCCCGAGGGCACCCAAGCAGGACCUCGACUCCGUCGACUUAUGAGCGCCGCCGCCGCCGACCCGCAGGACUGUAGUUCGCUAGUGCCCGUGUGUGUGAGCGUAGCGUAGCGGACUGUACGUGUACACUGUGCGUACGUGUACACGACCCGUGCGAUCUCGGGGCCGAGGGCCCCUUUUGUACUUUAAUAUUUAUUCGGCCCGGGGCGGCCGUGAUUUCCUUAAAAAGACGAAAUGUACAAUAUAAUAUCGAGAGUAAAGUUUGUAAAUACUGAGAGGGUUACGAACGAACCAUAAUUUUUUAAAUAGACGGCAUAAUGUCGUCGCGACUCAUAUUGUGAUAACGUUACUAGAGUUAAAUUUCGUAUUAUAUUAUUACCUAUAUUAAAUUAUAUUUGUUGAUCGAGAGUAUAUAUUGAUAGAUAUUUAUUAUGUACGUGCUAAGAUUACUCUUUUAUAUCGGAAAGCGUAGUAUUUCGUAAUAUUUGUUUACGUGUUAGACGACCUAGUUCAGUUCCGCAGCACUCCCGAUCGUUCUGUAUCGUUUCAUUAGUUCCGGUCCCGUUGACCGUUCGCAAUCAAUCCAUUAGAACAAUAUUAGUCGUAGUGUCACGAUACCUUCUAUAACCUCGAUGAUAAUUCCUCGAAUCGGCUUUUUGAAUUUGUUGUUUUCUACUAAUUUCAUUGAACAUUGUUACAUGUUUUGUCUGUUGAUUUCCCUUAAGAGCUUAAUGUUUUCAAAUGAUAUUUAAUUGUCGUCUGUGUCCGAAAACUUAGUAAAAUGUGCAUUUAAACUGAACUGUCCAAUUCCGCAAGCAGUGAAAACGCCACAUUCAUUUAAAAUUUAAGAGAUCAAUUUGUUAUUGUUGUGCCAACAACAUCGUAGCCUAAGUGUAAUUAAUUACUCACUGUUUGGUAGAUAUUGAAAAAGUACCAAUUGAAGUAUGUAGGUAUUUAUUUAUAAGCUGUACAGUUGAAAAUUAAGCUGUCGUCCUAGUAGUUACUUAACCGAUCCGUGUAAAUGAUUUAUCGAUGCCGAAAAUGAAACUGUUGAUGCCGUACGCUCGAGAGCGCCACAUGCCUUAAUAUCAUAUACAUUUGGAUGUUGCAUUUUAACUGCAUGCGAAUUGAAACAUGAAUUUGCUUUGGAAUCGAUUUUUUAAUAAAAAAAUAUAAUUCUUA